AUGUUUACUGUCAUCAAUUAAAAGUUGGGACUUACCAAAUCAGUGUUCAUUGAAAUAAACUAUAAGUACAUCUAUUAUUAAAUAUAAGAUAGGCUAUUGUACAAAAAUGUGAAAUCCAAAUUAUGGAGUUUUCUAAAAAUAAAGACAAUAAUUAAGGCGCAAUUCAAAAUCAAAAUGAUAAUUGGGUAUUUCAUGCAGAUGACUAUGGUUAAUUAAUGUGAGGUACCUCCCUAAAAAUUGUCCUUACUCAGACUUGUCAGAUUUAUGAGAUUUAUCAAGAUCAUACGUCUUUUGAGAUAGGCAAAAUUAAAGAUCUUUUUUGAUAAAAUAGAGGAUGCUGCGUAAUUAAAUAUCAUGCUGUCUACUAUUGUUAGCCUUAUUAAAUUGAGUGGAUUGUUAUUAUUUUGGUCUCAUUGGUUUGGAUGCAUNGUAGUAACAGAGGGUUUGUUUAGUAUGGAUAGUGAUUAUACUGAUUUGGUGGCUUUAUAAAAAUUGACAAUGAAAUAUGAGGCAUUUUUGUUAAUUGAUUGUGCUCACGACUUUGGAUGUAUGGGCAAAACAGGUAAUGAGUUAAAUUGAUAAAUGUAGGCAAGGGAAUGUUUGAAUUAUAAGGUCUAGAAGAUUUCUCUAAUGUAUUAUUAAUGUCUGGAGGAUCAAAAUGUUUAUCAACAAAUGUUGGUUGGGUUGCGUGCAAUUCAUUUGAAGUCAUUGAUUAUCUUAAGUUCUUCUCUUCAGCUUAUAUGUUCACUAACUCAGUGAAUCCAGUGUAAUGUGCUACUGCUCUAGCUCAAUUAAGAAUACUAAAAAGCGAAGUUGGAAAUAGAUUGAGAGUUAAAGUCUUGGAGAAUUAUCAUUAUAUGAAAAAGGAACUCAAUGCUAGAGGUUAUCAGAUAAUUGGUUAUCCAUCUCCAAUUUUGCCAUUGUUGAUAGGAAAUGAAUUAGUAUGUAGAGUAGUAACAAGAUUAAUGAUUGAUGAAGGAAUUCAUUGCAACGGAAUUGAAUAUCCUAUUGUUAGAAUGGGAUAGGCCAGAUUGAGAGUCAAUCUGUAACCAUAACAUACUAAAGAGUAUCAAUUCAUAUAUUGAUUUUAGACAUUUGGACACAUUCAUUGAAACUUUCCAUUUCUGCUUUGUUAAGGCUACAAAAAUUGUCUAAGAAUCUUUGGAAAAAUAUCAAUUGGCCUUGGAACAAUAGGAACAAGCAUAAGAAGCAAAAGAAAAUUAGAAUAAAGCUAAUUUCAAUGAUAACAGAAUGGAACUCAAAAAACCAAAUUUAUGA